AUGGAUCCCUUUACCAUAAACUCUCCCGGGUUUACUUCGCUCUUAGCUUCGCAGAGCAGUCCAGCAAUGGACUGCGACUUUGCUGAGGCAGUAGGCAACUCUCCCGGGAUAGUGAAACCGGUCCUAAAGAGAAAGUGGUCAACAAAAGAAGACCUAGUGCUCAUCAGUGGGUGGCUGAACACGAGCAAGGAUGCUAUUGUCAGUAACGAGCAGAAAGGAGGAUCCUUUUGGAAGAGAAUUGAGCUCUACUUCAAUUCAAGCGCUCAGCUUACUGGCUCAGUUGCUAGAGAGUGGAGUCAGUGUAAGCAGAGGUGGGGAAGGGUGAACGAGCAGGUGUGCAAGUUUGUGGGGAGUUAUGAGGCGGCUUUGAAGGAGCAAUCUAGUGGUCAAAAUGAGAAUGAUGUCAUGAAGGCUGCCCAUGACAUCUUCUUUAAUGAUUACCAUGCGAAGUUCACCAUGGAACACUGUUGGAGGGAACUGAGAUAUGAUCAGAAAUGGAAGUCAUACUCCAAGUCCAGAGAUGGCGGGAAGGAGAAAAGGAAGGAGAAUGAAGAGGUGAUGCCUGAGGAGGAGGUUAGACCGGCGGGUGUAAAGGCUGCGAAAGCAAGCAAGCGCAAGCGGCACGGGAAUGAAGCUGCUUUCGAUCAAAUAGAGAGCAUCCUGGCUGCGAGAAAGAAAAUAUCCCAGCAGAAACUCCUUGAUCGUCUCCUUGCCAAAAAUGACACUGAUCUAUCUCCAAACGAAAUCAGUCUCAAAAACAAACUCGUUUCUGAACUGCUAGAUUGA